GACUCAGCGCACGGGGACGAUGGAGGAGUUGCGGGUCGGUCCCCGUUGUCCCCAAGGGAAGGUGUCACCCAGCAGCAUCCUGGCCAGUGCCCCCUCGGACAAGAACCUGGACGCUUGGCGGGAAUCAGGCUGCCGGACCACCCACUGCAACCUGGAGGUGCUGCAGGAGAGCACCCUGGUCUUUCUGGCCACAAAGCCCCAUGUCCUGCCAGACGUCCUGCAGGAGAUCCGUCCUGCUGUGGGAUCCCACCACAUCAUUGUCUCACUGGCGGCCAGCGUCACCCUCCAGACACUGCAGCGGCUUCUCCCUGCCGGGACCAAGGUGCUACGGCUGAUGCCCAACCUUCCAUGUGUGGUGCAAGCAGGGGCGAUGGUCUUUGCCCGCGGCAGCAGUGCCGGUGAUGGAGAAGCCGCUCUGCUGAAGUGCUUGCUGUCCUCCUGCGGGCUCUGCGAGGAGGUUCCUGAAUCCUACAUCAACAUCCACACUGGCCUCAGUGGCAGCGGAGUGGCCUACGUAAGAACCUGCGCUUGGUGGGAUCCGGCUCACCAGCAGGACCGGGGACACCAGCAGAAAUCCCACCUGUGUGGGGUUGGGAUUUGGGAUCCUCCUCGUUUGUCCCUGUUCAGCCCUGACACUCUUCUCCUCCAGGUCUACCUGUUUGCUGAAGCCUUGGCUGAAGGAGCGGUGAAGAUGGGCAUGCCAGGUGGCUUGGCAAGCAGGAUCGCGGCUCAGACGCUGUUGGUGAGUCAGUGCUGUUGCUUGGGGACACCCGGCAUCUCCUCUAUAGCUUCAACCAACUUGGUCACCAUGGGGUCCGUGGUACCUGGUGGGAUGGCAGAGUGAGGGAGGAGGUGCUGGAUCUCAGUUUUCCCUCUUGAAACCUAAGAUGAGAUCACCAAGAGACAGUGAAGGCCAUCGUGGUGGGAGAGAUGCUCCAGUGCCUUGUCCACCACCACAGGACUGUGGGUCUUUAUCAGUGAUCUGGAUGAGGGGAUUGACUCUCAGUUUGCCGAUGACAAAUGGGCAGGAGUCUUGAUCUACUGGAAAGCAGGAAGGCUCUACAGAGGGAUCUGGACAGACUGGAUCCAUGGGCUAGAGGACAUGAAGGUUCUGCAGAGCAAUCUGGCCAGGUUGGAUCCAUAGGCUGAAGGACAGGAAAGCUCUACAGAGGGACCUAGCCAGGUUGGAUCCAUGGGUUGCGACCAAUGGGAUGAGGUUCAACAAAGCAAUGCAUUGAGUCCUGCACUCGGGACACAAUAACCCCAUGCAGCUUCAGGCUU